AUAACUAUUAACACAAGGCAGUGUUGUCGCAACAAUCGUCGCGCGCGCACGCUACUGCUUCUACAAACAUUUAUCGCAUAGUUUCGGAAUUUUUAAUACUAGUGAUACGUUUUUAAGAUCUGAUAAGUCUACUAUGCACCCAACAUAACACCUCACCAUGACAGAAAAGACAGUAGUCCGUUUCGAAGAAGCGGAACGUAAGAAGACCACCAUCCUCACUUCAAUAGGAGCUGCUGGCAUGCUACUAGGAUGGCUGGUCAGAGGAUCGAGCCUCCUGAUGACGUCUGUGGCCCUGGUAUCCGCGUAUCUGAUGACCGGGAAUAGAUACCAGUGGAUCUACAUUUGGAAGAAGACUUUCUACAGAGACAUGUUAGGCCUCCGCGUGCUGCUGAUCACCAUGUUCAAGAUCUGGAUGUGGGAGAAGAAAGGCAUGACGGUGGUGAAGCGAUGGGCCGAGGUGGCUCGACAGGACCCUGACAAAAAGGCAUUCGUCAUGGGCGACCGUCAUCUGACAUUCCGGCAGGGAGACGAAUUCAGCAACCGCAUCGCCUGGUACUUCAAACGUCAGGGCUUCAAGAGUGGUGAAGUAAUCGCGCUCUUCAUGGACACCCAGCCAGAAUACGUUUUCAUCUGGUUAGGUCUAGCCAAGCUCCGUGUGACCACGGCCCUUGUUAAUACGAACCUUAGAGGCGCUCAGUUGACGCAUUGUUUGAAGAUCGCUGGAUGUAAGGCGUUGGUGUUUGGAGAUGAGCUGGCGGAUUCCGUCAAAGAAAUCAGGAGCGAGAUCCACGACAUACCCCUCUUCCAAUUCAACUCCCCUGACCGCCCAGCAUUGGAGAAGCCACCUACAAUUCUGCAGGAUGCCGCGCCGCUCGCGUCAGAGCUGACGGAGAUGAGUGCAGAGGCUUUUACUGAGGCAGGCACUGCCAGUCCGCGAGACACGCUCUUGUAUAUUUAUACUAGUGGGACCACUGGGUUCCCUAAGGCUGCAGUCAUUACUAAUAUUAGGUAUCUCCUAAUCCCACUAGGAGUCCACACUUCAGCACGGCUGUCAUCAUCCGACAUCGUAUACGAUCCUCUUCCACUGCAUCACACUGCAGGUGGAGUCCUUGGUGGAGGGCAGGCGCUGGUGCUAGGCAGCACAGUGGUGCUAAGGAAGAAGUUCUCCGCUUCUAACUAUUGGAAAGAUAUCGCGAAACAUGGAUGCACUGCAGCCCAAUACAUCGGUGAGAUAUGCCGCUAUCUACUGGCAGUUCCACCCUCGCCUAGUGACCGGGCGCAUAAAGUGCGCGUGAUCAUGGGAAAUGGACUAAGGCCACAGAUCUGGCAGGAGUUCGUCGAACGCUUCGGCGUCGAGAGGGUGAUGGAGUUCUAUGGGGCGACGGAGGGGAAUAGCAAUUUGAUUAACUUGGAUUCAAAAGUAGGAGCCAUUGGUUUCUUGAGCCGGCUCGUAUCAUCAAUUUAUCCUCUUACUCUAGUCAAAUGCGAUGAAAUUACUGGUGAAAUACUAAGGAACAGUGACGGCAGAUGUAUAAGCUGUGGACCUCAUGAACCUGGUCUAUUACUUGGUAAGAUAGAUCCAAAAAAAGCCAUCCUUACAUUCGCCGGCUACGCUGACAAAACUGCUUCAGACAAGAAAAUGGUCCGCAACGUGAAGAAAGAAGGAGACUGUUACUUCAACACAGGGGAUAUCCUGGUUAUGGACCACUUCGGAUACUUUUACUUUAAAGAUAGGACUGGAGAUACAUUCAGGUGGCGAGGCGAAAACGUGUCGACGGCAGAAGUGGAAGGAGUCAUAAGCACACUCGUUGGACUCAAAGAUGCCAUAGUUUAUGGAGUUUCUAUCCCAAACGUAGAAGGUAAAGCGGGCAUGGCAGCCAUCGCCGACCCCGAGAAGAAACUUGACAUCCCCUACCUCACCAAAGGACUACGGUCUUCUCUCCCUGCCUUCGCCAGACCCCUUUUCCUCAGAGUGCUGCCCGAGCCUCCCCUCACUUCUACCUUCAAGCUGCGUAAGAAAGAUUUAAUAGAACAAGCCUAUACAUUGGGCCUUCAUGAGGACCCCAUGUAUUUCUUAGACCAGAAGACUGGAGAAUAUGUUCCGUUGACGAGGAAGCUGUAUGAUGACAUAGUCAAAGGUGUUGUAAGAUUGUGAUUCUUGCCAUGUUGAGGGUUCUUGUUGAACUCUUAGUCCUAUUUAGUUUUAAAAUUGUUUUAAGUGGACUUCGUUUAUAAAAAGUAUUUUAGGAAAAGUAUUCAGCCCACAAAAAUCUGUCAAUUUCAAGCUUCUGUUAAAAAAAGUCACUUUUAUAUGUAAAUUUUUGAGGAUGGGUCCUUUUCGCUAAACUACAUCCAAGUAGGAGAAUAACGGUGAUGUUCGGACGUUAACUGCGUUACUGUUGCGAUGUCGUUUCGGCCGUUAUAUCUGUCAAAUUCCUAGAUAAAAUAAGUGAUGGAAUGAACGUCAUUAUCGCGGCAGUAAUACAGCGGUGAACGUCACUCACUUUAACAUAUGACCGCCACCAUAAAGGCGGGUUGCACAACACACAAUCGACAAACUGAUCUGCUUUAAACAUGGUGACGGUAACUGUCAUCCUACAGCGAACUGUCAAAGUCUUCAAGCUUAGUGAAACCGGUUCUAACUUCGAGCAACACUGGGAACAGAGACGGCAUUCGUACUAUUUCCCGUCUGCCGAAGCAUAGGUGCAACUGUACCUAUGGCGUGUUGUGACUCGUCCGUACACAAAAAAUGGUCGAUGUGCGCAAGAUUUGUCUUUGACGUGUGACAUUUUCUAUGUAUUUGCACGUCAUUACAGAUCGGAUUUUGAGUGUAACUGUGCACGUUUUCCCAGAAAAAAUGGCAGAAUGAUUUGUACGGUAAGAUAUCGCUUGGGCUUCUACAUUUCGACGUGUCAGAACUCAGACGCCAGUGUUGCUCGAAGGGUUCUAAGGUUGAAAAUAAAUAGAUUACACCAUGAUCAGUGAAUACAAUAUGAGCGAAUGUAGUUUUGGAGGAACGAAUCUGGAGGACGCAAUCUCUUUUGUCAGGGGUUUUGAAUAAAGUGGAAUUAGUACACAGAACAACAUGGCAAGGAAGGUCUGUUGGGGCAAAUACGCUUUCUUUAGAAGCACAAAUAUAUUUAGUACCUAUUAUUUCAUUAAGGUACGUUCACACACACUUUGCUCAAUUAGGGAAAUUGCUUAAUCAAGGAACCGUUACGUGACCCAAUUUAUUUUAAGGAGGCGCACUUGUUACAACUAGACAAAUUAUUUUAUCAAUGUAAUUUGUGAAUACAUUUUGUGAUAAAAAUGUGAUAAUUUAUACCAAAAUUUACUGUCAUGAAACAAAUCAGCCAUUAUAUUGUAUCUAAGAAGUAAAAUAAGGAGUCUAAUACUGUUAUAGACCAAGAUUUAUGAAAAUAAAUAAAUGUAUAUAAAGGA